UUAGAUAGACAAGAUGCUGAAACUAUCGAAAAAUCUAUUUGGUUAAGUUUAGAAUGUAAUGGGAUAUCAACAUCGUUUGCAUUAAACAACUGGAUUGCUUUUGCCAGUGACGGAGCAAGUGUAAUGACGGGUAAGAAAGCUGGAGUUGCUACUAAACUACGCGAAAAAAUUCCGAAUCUAUUUACCUGGCAUUGUUUAUGUCAUCGCCUCGAACUCUCAGUACAUGACGUAAUAAAAGAUUGUACUGGAGUCUCUCGUUUCCAAAGUCUAAUGGACAAACUCUACGCUUACUAUCAUCAAAGUCCUAAAAAUUCAAUGGGUUUAGAUAAAUCUUGUGUUGAAGUAGGCAUUGAAAUGAAAAAAAUAGGUCGUGUUUUGAAUGUACGCUGGUCUGCAAGCAGUUUUCGAACUAUAAAAGCCAUAUGGAAUAAUUAUCCGGGAAUAUAUUUACAUGUUAGUAAAACACAUGAUGUGACAUCAAAUGGCAUAAAAAAAAAAUUAGAAUCCUCUUCUUUUUUGGAGGAACUUGGACUUUUUUACGAUGUUCUUUCUGAGCUUGCAAUGUUAUCUUGUAUAUUACAGUCCAGAAAAACAACUCUAAUGCGUGCCCAGUCGGAGAUAAAUAGAACGAUUAGAAUUUUAGAAAGUCUGAAAGCUGAACCUGGGGAAAAAGAAAAGGAAAUUAUAGAAGCUAUUCAGAAAGGAAUUAACAAAGGUGUCAAUAUUACAAUGACAAAAUCAGGAGGGAUUAACAGGUUACAAUUUUUGCAAAAUUUAGUAGACAGAAUGCGUCAACGCUUAUUUGAUGACUCAAAAAAUAAAACAAUGCUAGAAGACAUUCAGGUAAUUGAUGAAGUGUUCAAAGUAGCAAUUAAUGAUGCAAAGGGAGAAGAUGAAGUUAAAAGAGUAUCACGGACAUUAGGUUUUUCUGAAUUUGAAAGUGUAGUUGACUUCCGUUCAAGAAAUGUUUUUUCUAGUUUCAUGAAAGCAUUAAAUAUACUCCCAACUUCAACAGCUGAUUGUGAACGAGGGUUUUCCGAUAUGAAUUUGACAAUAACUGAUUUAAGGACUAGCUUAAACAUUGAAAAUGUGUCAGAUUUGAUGUUCAUCUCUAUCAAUGGCCCUUCAAUUGCAGAUUUUAAUCCUAGACCUUAUAUUAAAAUUUGGUUAAGAGAUCACCGUUCUGCCGUUUCCACUCCUAGAGGUAAAGAAAGAAAAGAAAUAGACGACGAAAAUAAGAUGCAGAAAUUAUUUUUUAACAAUUUAUUUAAUUAAAUUUUUUAGUAUUUGUAUAUUUUCAUAUUUUAUUGACUUAUAAAGGUAAUUUCAAGCUUUUUUUAAAAGUUUGAUUUUUUUUUUCAUAUUU